AUCUCGCACUGUUGCUCUCCCCGUUCGGCUGACUCGGCCGAUCCUCUUUGGUCAGUGUAUAAAAUUUCCAGCCAUUGUCCGGCGAGCGAUCAGUUGUGCUUGAAACUUGAAACCAAAACGAUCGUAGAAUAUCCCGGAAUAAUAACGGACGGUUGAGCCUGUUUUUUGUUUGUAAAAGACCUACAGAAAGCUAAUUGCCAAAAUGACCAUCAACGAGAAAACCCGAUUGCUGCCCAAGGAGUACCAGAAAUCCUACGUGAUCCCGAUGCCCCAGGAGGACCUCAACAACAACACCAACGACAGCAUACUUCAAGAAUAUGACUCGUAUGCCCUGACCAAGGAGGAGCUGGCCAAAUACAUCGAGGAUCCGUUCUGGAACCGGGUCCGCUACAUUUGCUUCUCGCUCUACUGGAUCCUAUGCCUGGCGGCGCUUCUGGCCUCGUGCUACCUAGCCGUAGAAGCCCUGGAGAAUGGAUUCUGCGAAGUGGACGGUCUCGGGAAUGGUUCAACAGUGCUGGCCAACGACACGACACUGAAUCCGACGACUCUGGUUACGGAUCCGACGACAGUGGGAGGAGUCGAUGACGCCGGCGUAGUUCUACGCAUGAUCAGUAGUCAACCGUCCUGAACAGCGACACGCCCUGUGUCGUGGGAAUAGCUCGAAUAAGCUGUGAUCAAGUUUAACCUCAGAUUUUUUUUUAAGUAAGCGACAACGACGACGACGGCUUCGGACGGCAUCGAGAAUCCCUCAAGGAUGAUUCCGUCGAAGCGGAGAAAGUACAGCGUCCUACGACGCAACUAUUUAUUCUAUUGAUGAUACAUCACCGACGCAUGCACCCAUCCGAGUGUAAAUAGUAGAAUUGCAUCCCCCAUUGAUAGGAUUAACCAUUCUGUCGCUUAUCAGCACAGACUCGGGACGGAAAAGCGCUUCUCCGUCCUUAUCAGAUUACCUAUGCGCAUGGUUGCAACUGAAGCACGCACGCAGGUCUUGAUCUUGCUCCCAGAGAACCGGCCUUCGUCGCAUCCGAACCCCCCUUCAGCGAUUGCAGUAGAAGCAGUUCAGCUUGUGCAAGCACAGAACGAAAACACACUGAUGUAAUACCGGAGAGAUGUUGGCUCAGACGAUGCCUCCGUGUAAUCUGUGCCGUCGAAACUCCGGGCGCAGCAUUGACAUCUGUAAUGCAGUGCAGUGCCGUACUGUAAAUAUUGAAGCAAUAAAACAAACAAAUUCGAAAAGAAAA